AUGCCGACAGGAAAAAACUGUGUUGUAUGCGGGGGCGGUGGCUUCAUCGGAUCGCACCUGGCCAAGAAAUUAAAGGAAAAUGGAAACCACGUGCGAGUAGUGGAUUGGAAGCGCAACGAAUACUUCCAAGAAAGCGAGUACUGCGAUGAGUUCAUUUUGGGCGAUCUCCGAGAGAAGUCUGUGGCUGCCGCUGCCACAAAGGGCAUGGAUAUUGUAUACAAUCUAGCGGCAGAUAUGGGUGGUAUGGGUUUCAUCCAGUCGAACCAUUCACUUAUCCUAUACAACAAUACGAUGAUUAGUGUCAACGUACUCGAAGCGGCUCGUGAGGCCAAGGCGAAAACCGUGUUCUAUGCCUCGUCCGCCUGUAUAUACCCAGAACACAUCCAGGACUGUGUAGACAAUCCAGGGCUUAAAGAGGUAGACGCUUGGCCGGCCGCUCCCCAGGAUGCUUACGGCCUGGAGAAGCUGAUGUCAGAGGAACUACACAAACACUAUGCCAAGGACUUUGGCAUGAAUACACGUAUUGCGCGCUUCCACAACAUCUACGGUCCACAGGGAACCUGGAAGGGCGGCCGUGAGAAAGCACCGGCUGCCUUCUGCCGAAAGGUCAUCGCAGCGGACACAGAAAUGGAAAUGUGGGGUGACGGUCUACAGACACGGUCGUUUCUAUUUAUAGACGACUGUGUGGCUGGUAUAAUCCGCCUCACAGACUCGGACUAUGGCGAGCCCAUGAACAUCGGGUCGGAGGAGAUGGUGGCCAUGAACGACUUCGCUAAGAUGGCUAUGUCGUUUGAGAAUAAGAAAUUACGUAUUAAACACAUCCCCGGACCGGAGGGUGUCCGUGGACGCAACUCCAACAAUGAUCUGGUGCGAAAGGUACUCAAUUGGGACUACACCACGAGCCUGGAGGAAGGGCUGAGGAAAACAUACUACUGGAUCAAAGACCAGGUUGAUGGGCCAUGA